GGCCCGGGACCCACUCGCUCCGAGCGCGCACACUGCUCGGCUGGACAGAGGACGCCGGCCGCUCCGGGCCGCCCCGUGCUCUCCUACGGCGCCCGCUCGGCCCACCGCCCCCAGCCCGGCACCGCGUCCCGCCCGAGCCCGAGCGCAGAGUUCCGGCCCCCAGGAGUCUCUCGGCCGUCGGCGGACCCCUCGGCCCCUCCGCCGGCGCGCUCGGCGCCCUGCUCGCGGGGCUCAGGGGAGGGCGGCGGCCAGCUGGGGAUGGGCGGCUUGGCGGCGCAGAGGGGCGCCGGGGGGCUCUGCGCGCUGCUCCUGGCGUUGGUGGCUGCAGGGACCCCCGCGGGCGCCUACAACCUGGACCCGCAGCGCCCGGUGCGCUUCCAAGGUCCUGCCGGGUCCUUCUUCGGCUACGCGGUGCUGGAGCACUUCCACGACAACACGCGCUGGGUCCUUGUGGGUGCACCAAAGGCGGAUUCCAAGUACAGCACUUCAGUGAAGUCCCCUGGGGCUGUGUUUAAGUGCCGCGUCCACACCAACCCUGACCGGAGAUGCACCGAACUGGACAUGGCUCGAGGAAAGAAUCGGGGCGUGUCCUGUGGAAAGACCUGCCGGGAAGACCGAGAUGAUGAAUGGAUGGGGGUCAGCCUGGCCCGGCAGCCCAAGGCUGAUGGCCGCGUGCUGGCCUGUGCCCACCGCUGGAAGAACAUCUACUAUGAAACAGACCACAUCCUGCCCCACGGCUUCUGUUACAUCAUCCCGUCCAACCUCCAGGCCAAAGGCAGGACGCUGAUCCCUUGCUAUGAAGAGUACAAGAAGAAGUAUGGAGAAGAGCACGGCUCCUGCCAGGCUGGGAUAGCGGGCUUCUUCACCGAGGAGCUGGUGGUGAUGGGCGCCCCAGGCUCAUUUUAUUGGUCUGGGACAGUCAAAGUGCUGAACCUCACAGACAACACCUACUUCAAACUGAAUGAUGAGGUGAUCAUGAACAGGAGGUACACCUACUUGGGCUAUGCAGUUACUGCCGGCCACUUUUCUCACGUGUCCUCCACGGACGUGGUUGGAGGUGCCCCGCAGGAUGAAGGCAUUGGGAAGGUUUAUAUUUUUAGAGCUGACCGAAGAUCAGGCACCUUAAUUAAGAUUUUUCAAGCUUCUGGUAAAAAGAUGGGCUCUUACUUCGGCUCCUCCUUAUGCGCAGUUGACCUGAACACAGACGGCCUCUCCGACCUGUUGGUGGGGGCCCCCAUGUUUUCUGAGAUCAGGGACGAAGGGCAGGUCACCGUCUACAUCAACAAAGGAAACGGAGUCCUGGAGGAGCAGCUGACCCUGAGUGGAGACGGUGCCUACAACGCACACUUCGGGGAGAGCAUCGCCAGCCUGGGCGACCUGGACGAUGACGGGUUCCCAGAUGUGGCCAUUGGCGCACCCAAGGAGGAUGACUUUUCGGGAGCAGUGUACAUCUAUCACGGUGAUGCCAGGGGAAUGGUCCCUCAAUAUUCCAUGAAGCUGUCGGGGCGGAAGAUAAGUCCAGUUCUGCGGAUGUUUGGUCAGUCCAUAUCGGGAGGCAUUGACAUGGAUGGAAAUAGCUAUCCUGAUGUAACUGUUGGAGCCUUCAUGUCGGACAGUGUGGUUCUCCUAAGGGCGAGACCCGUCAUCACAGUGGAUGUCUCCAUCUUCCUCCCUGCCUCCAUCAACAUCACGGCGCCUCAGUGUCAUGACGGCCAGCAGCCUGUGAACUGCCUGAAUGUCACCGCCUGCUUUAGCUUCCACGGCAAACACGUCCCGGGAGAAAUAGGCCUGAAUUAUGUUCUGACGGCUGAUGUGGCCAAAAAAGAGAAGAGCCAGUUGCCCAGGGUCUACUUCAUGUUGCUGGGAGAGUCCGUGGGUCAGGUCUCCGAGAAGCUGCGGCUGGUCCACUUGGAGGAGACGUGUCAUCACUAUGUGGCCCACGUGAAG